AUGGCGACCGACGACGUACCCAUCGCCUCCCCUCCGAUCGAGCGGGCCACGUCGCCUGAGCCCUGGGUCACUCCUUCUCCCGCUCUGGCGGCCAUACCGCCGCUGGAUCGCUCCGUGUCGACAGCUUCCUCCGUGUCAUCAGUCUCCGGGAGGUCGGCAGGCUCGCGUUUAUCGGAUAGCGGCAUACCAGGCAGAAGGCGAGGAUACAUGCGUCCCGAAGGGACCCAGUUUGCGCAGUCGGCGAAGAAUAGGGACAGUGUCAUGAAUCUAGGUACUAUCGCGCAUCUGCAGUACUACUUUGCACGAACGGGGUUGCUCGACACCGCCACAGGCAGGACGGCCAGGGGAAGGAAAAGCGGCUCGAGGACACCGAGUGGAUCCGAACGGCCGCUUUCUGGCACAGACGGGGAUCUGCUUGCGACGCCUACACCAGAGGGUCCCUCAGAACAACUGGGGGAGGGACUCGUCGAGUCCCCGCUGGAUGACGCCGCUCCCGUUUCCUGGGACGACCAAGAGCCCGUGAUGCUUCCUCCCACUGUCAGCACAUACAAAACUACUCCCGUCUAUGUUCCACCACCUCCGGAUAUGUCUGUACUGCGCCGUGAACUGCGUGAAUCUCUAGAAGAAGCCUCGAAGCAUGUGCACGAGCUGGAGAAAGGGUUUCGGAACGGGGACUCGAGUGGCACCGGGGCCGAGGGCACCGCCUUGCGCCAUUCCGCCGACGGGCCGGGCUGGCACGAGAUUCAGGGCAUCAAUCUCCUGGACGUUGUGACACUGGCGAUCCGCGCCGCAAAGAACUACUAUACGGCGCAUGAGGAUGCGCAGCGCCUGUAUGCCAUCAAGUCGGAGAGGGAAAUCAGAAAAGAGUUGUACGAAGUGUUGGAGGUCCUGAAGCGCCUAGCCGUCCGCAAUUUCGCCAGUGGAGUGCAGCCUUACGAAGUGGCAAACAUCAAGGGGUGGAUUGAAGGGAUAGGCGACCUUCUGGACACCGAGGAAGAGAAGGAGAGACAGGAGAAAGAGGAGAGAGAAGGCUGGAGCUGGCGACAUGGCGACUGGGCCGGCAAAGAGCGGGAACGUGAGUUGCUGUUCUUGAGGACGUUCGACGCCAGCCCGGAACCCCUCCCUACCUGGACUGACCCUGCAGAGGGAGACCUUCCGACCCCUUUCUUGAAGGAACUCCGGAACGGCUUGCGACUGGUACGACUACAUAACGCGCUCGUGAGGAAGUCUCGGCGUCACUUUGAGCAGAUCAAGCAGUACCACACAGACACGGCAAAGCCCUACCGGUGCGCGGACAACUUGCGAUACUGGGCCAAAGCGGCCGAGCUCCGAUGGGACGUCAAGCUGGAAUUCGACGUCAUGGGCGUGGUCGAGGGGACAGACGCCGCCGCUUGGCAGAGGUUUGAUGCGGCCCUUCUCAAGUGGUGUCGAUCGGUGCGAGAAGGGAUCACUGCCGAGUGGGAAGAGGAGGCACUCCAAGUCAAGACUCCCACCCUGCGCAUCGAUCCCAACUACGAGGCGCUGUAG